AUGCCGCAGGACGAUACGAAUCCGGGAACGACCUCUCCUCCGACAAUACAAAACGAGACAGGUGGAGAUGUCGGUUGGAGUAUGGGAGAACCCUUUGAGUCCUUGGACAAACUCCCGGGUUUGCCUGACGGGGAAAAGGGGGAGAAGGCUAUGCUGCGCUCCCGGAUCCAUGAGCAAUCUCAACUCAUUUGUAUCCUGAAGAAGCGCGCGGACGACAACCUCCUGCGCUGCAAGACGCUGGAGCAGCUCAACAUGGAGCUGGAAGAGCUGAGGAUGGCCGAUACUCUGAGACUGGAAAGCCAGGCCCGGCGUGUCCAGCAGUUGGAGGACCGCUUCAUGGACCUGGCUGCCAACCACGAGGAUAUGAUCCACUUCAAGGAUGAGCACAAGCGCCAGAACAUGCAGCUGAGGGAAGAAAACAGGCGCUUGCGCCAAGAGAACCUCAGCCUCUUCAGCCAGCCUUUGAAGGAGAAAGAGGCAGAGCUGGACUGUCUCACGUCACAGUACAAGCAGCUCUCCAAAGACAUGGAGGCCCUGACAGAAAGCCACAAGCAAGGAAGCCAGCGUGCCCAGCGGAGGGAGAAGGAGCUUCUGGAAGCCCAGAAUCGGCGAGCCAGCGCUCACGCAGAGGAAGUGCGCUCGCUGAGAAGACAACUGGAAGUCCUCGAGGAAAAACACCGCCAUGCCACGGAGCAACUGGAGAGAGCGGAAAAAGAACUCAGGGAUGGCGACCUGAAGGCCACGGUGGAGCUGCUGAGGCAAGAGAAAGAAGAGCUCCUGAACCUGGCGAUGGAGAGGGGCAAAGUGCUGCAGGAAAAGCAACGGGAGAUUCUGCAGCUGGAGAAGAAGGCGGAGGAGAUGGAGAAGGCCAAGCUGGCCGCGGAACAGCGCUUCGAGACAGAGGCGGCGGCGGUGGACAGCGUCCUCCGAGUCCGAGACCUGCAACUGAGGCUGGAUGGGGCCGAGCGAGCUUACGUCGAGCUCCGGAUGCAGUUUGAGGCUUACAAGAGGCACAGCAUGGAUUUGCUUACUAAGGAGAAAGAGUUAAAUAUGAAACUCCGCCAUUUCAUGGCAUAA